UUUCCCGCACCUCGACCCGUCUCCUCACUUUCCUUCUACCACCACCCCAUUCUGCCCCCCUCCCCGGGCAUCACCCCGCGGACACCUCUUUCUUCCCCCAGACUCUGGCCAGGGAGCCACCCGCCUCCCUCCAAAACCACACCCCCUCUAGAACCCGCCCCAGGUCCUUUCCCGUUCUCAUCACCAAGCUCCCUUUGUCCCGACUGCCCAGCUCCCUAGGCUCGGGCUCCACCUCACUCCCAGUUCUUCUCUACCCUCCACCCUCCAUGGCCCCUGCAGUUCCCCUAGAGACCCUUCCCUAAGGGUAGCCUCCUCACCCCUUUGCCCUCCACCUGAGAAGGGACACAGAACCAACCGUGCCAGCUGAGCCAAGGCUGCUCGAGAGGAGGGGAGUGUCGGUCCCAACCGUUUUGCAUCUUUCUGCGCUUCAGCAGCAGGAUGCUGGCUACUCUGUACGAGUCAUUUUGGAAGACUGAGUACUGGAUCCCCUCUGGGUACACUUGGGCUGAUUUGGAAGAUUCAGAUGGCAUCAUUUACCCUCAUCCCAAAGACCUGCUGGCAGCCAUUCCUCUGACAUUUGUCUUAAUGGUCAUUAGAUAUGGUGCUGAGAGGAUCAUAGGGCUGCCCUUAAGCAGAGCCAUGGGUGUGCGUGACCCCCUCAGGAUCAAGGCUACUCCCAACCGCAUCCUGGAGUCAUUUUUCUGGACCCAGAGUAAGAAUCCCAAAAAGGAUGAGCUGAGUCACCUGGCCAGCCAGUGUAGCCUCUCUGUGAGGCAAGCUGAGCGCUGGUUUCGACGCCGCAGAACUCAGGAGAGACCAUUACUGAGCAAGAAAUUCUCCGAAGCCUGUUGGAAAUUUUUAUUUUACUCCACUUCUUUCUUCAACGGCUUGCUCAUCUUCUACAACAAAACCUGGUUUGGUCAGCCAGAGACUGUCUGGAAUGGAUACCCUAAGCAGCCUCUGCAGCCUGCCAUAUACUGGUGGUACCUCCUGCAGCUCAGUUGCUACUUCUCCUUGCUGCUCACUUUGACCCUUGAUGUGAAGAGAAAGGACUUCAAGGAGCAGAUCAUCCACCAUUUUGUUACUAUCACUUUGAUCUUCUUCUCCUAUUCUGCCAACUUUGUGCACAUUGGUACCCUGGUGCUGCUGCUACAUGAUGUGUCUGAUAUCUUCAUGGAGGCUUGUAAGAUGUUAAUUUACGCACAGUGGAGUCAAGCUCGGGACAUAAUGUUCAUCCUUUUUGCCCUGGUGUUCUUUGUUAGCAGACUCAUUCUCUUCCCAAUCAAAGUCCUCUACACCACUUCCUAUACUUUCUUGACCAACUAUCAGGUCUUCUUUGGUUACUAUUUUGCCAAUGCCCUCUUGAUGAUCCUGCAGGGUCUCAAUGUCUUCUGGUUUUUCCUCAUCCUCCGAAUGUUCUACAGGUUUUUAUCAGAGGGUCAGGUGAAGAAUGAUAUAAGGAGUGACAUAGAGGAGGAAGACUCGAGUGAUGAGCAGUUGACAGUGAUAGAGCAGAGCAAUGGGAGACUUCAUCCCAAUAAUGUCGCAGACAUUCGGGUCCGGGGGAGUCUGAAGAACUGGCCAGUUUAUCACUGAGCCUGUCCCAGGGGCAUAACCUAGACCAGCUCAAUGAAGAUACCUGGAGGACUGGUCUCCUGACUGCCUGAAGAACAAGUCACCCUGGGAAAUGUCUCAGAUUCUGAUUGAACAUAGACUCCUUAGAACAAGUCCUGUGCUGGACAGGGGCCCUUCACUUCUGUCUCUCUGUCUAUCUCUCUGACCCCACCUUUACUGGACCUCAAGGUUAGGGGAGGAAGGAUGGAAUAUCUCUGUUGAGGAUUUUAUAGUGAAUUUAGUGAUCUUCUUUUGAAUAACCUUUCCCCUUGAACCGUUGUCCUUGGACUUCGCUAUUGAGAUCUGUCCCCAUCUCUUAGAAGAAGAGAGUGAGGGGGAGGAGGAGGGGGAUGAAGAGGGAGCAGGAAGACCCAUUAGAAGAGUCCCCCAGGGGCUACCCCCCAUGCCUAAAGAGAUCUGGAAGGAGAUGGUUGCCCCCUGAACCAAUGAAAGUAUCUUAGGCUUGCAGGUCUGGGCCUGGAGUGGGCUGACUAGCCUUAGUCCUGUCUUUCCAUUCCAGCAGGGAGUCAUUGCCGGCAGAUCCCAGGGAACAGAGAAGCCCAUUCACAUUAGAAAUGGAUGUGUGAAACCUGGGCUUCACCAGACUCAGGAAGAGAACAAUAAAACAUGAAUAAUGCAGGGCUUACUGUU